GAUACAUCGGGCGGGAUGACUGCUCGCAUGGACUCUCGUCAAACGAGAUUUCAAGUAAAGGGUGUAGUCUUUUACCCAACGGCUAAUUUUGAACGAUAUAAAAGAAGACCCCAAUUUCAAACUCUUCACUUGUUCACUGCAACGUCUGUCCUCUACAAGCAUUAUCCCAACAUGAAAUUCUUGAUCAUCAGCAUCUUCUUGGCUUGCGCCUCUGCCCAAUGGGUCGCCCCAUAUUACAGCCAAUGGUCCCCAUACAAUCCUCAGUUUACCAAUGACUUGUUGUCGAAGAGCGUUGACUUGAACAAGGACGGCCAACCCGAUGUCCCCGUCUACACCGCAGCCCCCGCUCUUUUGCCCAACUACUACCCCUACGCCGGUCUGAACUACCGCGCUGGAUUCCCCUACACUUACGGCGCUCCUUUCACCUACCCCUUCGUCCAGGCUGCCGCUGCUCCCGCCGCUGAGGUCAAGUCCACCCGCAGCAAACGUCAAGUUGCCGUCCUUCCCCACAACCCAGCUGAAUUCCUCAACGAUUUCCGUUACAAAAGCGUUGACUUGAACCAGGACGGCCAGCCCGACAACGCCGUUUACACUGCCCCAGUUGCUCCCAUCGCUCCUGCCCGAUUCGUCACUCCUUACCCUGGAUUCACUGGUUACUACCCUCAAACUUACCCAUUCUUCAACGGAUUCUAUUAACUUAAUAGUCCGUCAACCCGCCGCUGAAAUUAUCUGUUGUUACAAUUGUUAUUACCUUCUUGUUUGAAACUUUAAUUGUUUCUGAUUACAAAAUUCAUACCGCA